AUGGUCAGUGGCCACAGUGGACAUAGCAGUAAAAGCCAUAUGUCAAAAUCUACAGCCAUUAGAGAUGGUACAGUAACUGGGAUACCCUGUUGGCAGUACCGGCCCCACAAUAGCAGUAGUUUCAUGUUCCAACAGCGGUCAGCUAAAGGUACUUGGAUGGACAGACAUUGUGCUCCGUCGACUCGCUGGUCACAACGACUUUGUACGUGUUUCUUCAGUGAACCAAAUGAUGAAAGUCGCCACCGAGAAUCCACCUGCGAGCAUCUUCUGUAUUUACCGUUCACCACAGACCUCCAAGAUCAUUCACCGCAACAUCUUUAUAUCGAACAAUCUCACUAUCAUGGCAUUCGGUUGAUGAACAUAUCCACCACCACCACCAAUAACAAUAACAACAACCAUGACCACCACCACGGAGCUGUGUUCGACGGGAAAACAUACCUGAGGCUUCCAUAUUUCAACACCAAUUCAUUGGGCCAAAACACAAACAUCAAGUUCAGUUUUAAACCCAGCCGACAGCAGUUUGUGAGAGGGAGCAAUGGUGAUGGCAGAGAUGGAAGUAGAGGCCGAGUGGACACUGAAAAGGUCAGUCUGGUGUCCAACGGAUGUGGACAGAAGCCAAGCAGCCUCCAUAUUAUCUAUGACAGGAGACAGAAUGAGAUACUGCUCAUGUUGCAGUCUGCAAAUGGUGUUCCCACAUGGCAUCGAUGCCUUGUGGUUGAUAAGAUCAGAAACCAUUGGAUCCAAGUUGAGAUUGAAAUCUGCAGUUCUUCCUUUGAAAUCAUUGUAAACGACGUGACUUGUAGAAAUGGCACACUUCCAGGUAAGUUACAGGAUUCACUUAACAUCACGUCAUACACGCUGUUACAUACCAAUGUGACGUACAUUACCUUAUUACACAUGUUACAUAUCAGCCAUGUCACAUAG